AUAUAGAUUUACACAUAUCAAAUUCGAUUUUAUUGAUUGUGUCUUCCAACUACAACUGUUAAAAACUCCUGUUAUGACAAAGUUUUUGAGAAAAAAAAAACCUUGGCAGAGGUGAUGUAACUUGCUACUUCCUCUGUCCGGGAGAUAUUUUGUUACUCAUUCACAUAUGUCACCCCUGCAAACACUAUUUAGAAAAAAAUAUGUUGCUGAUACAAAGUGAACUUUCUGCACUGCCAAACUAAAGCACCAUUUUUAGUUUUGCAUAUUACAGUAACAUAAAUGCAGAUUCUUACUUUUCUUUAAAUUGACAUUUUACAACACGUUAGUUAACACGUUUAUCUGCUUUUUUAAGUUAUAUACAUACACUGCUGUUUACACAUGAUUUCUUAUUCAAAGCGCCAAUAUUCAACAUAAACAGGAAUCUUAAAAUGUUAUCUUACCAUUAGCUUUCAUUUAAAGUUCAUGUUGAAAACGUUGUGAAGAAGCGGAAACUAAGGUUUACUUUCGAAAUAACGUUGGUUUUAACAUAACCAGGAAAGAACUUGUGCAGGCUACAAGUUUUAGACUACGGUGAUGUCGUUUACAUACAUGCUGCCUCUACAUAUUUCCACCUACAUAUUUAAUUUGUAUAUUUUUGUGUACAUGGCCAUGCCAGCAUUUAUGUAAUAUAUGUAAUACAAUGAAACAGAGUUGCGUCAGUUUUCCUCUCAGUUCCAGUAAAUAAACAAACAACAAAAAAAGGGUUAGGGUUAGGUAUAACUUGAACUACUACCAGUGUAAACAGCCCAACUUUAAGUUAUCCUAUUUGGUGGUUCACAAAACAUUUAUAAUUAUGAAUAGAAGUGCUUUAAGCUAAUUAAAAAAACUAAAGAAGAAAAUGAAAAAUAUGAAAAAUACUUCAUUUGCACAAUUCAUAGCAAUGAAAUACUUAAAAAACAAAACAAAGUUGGGGCGUCACUAUGGUAACAUAUGGUAAACAAAAAGUGGAGGUAGAACUCUGCUGCUAUGCACAGUGUUACUAUGACAACAGGUAAACAAGCAGCUGAAAGGGCAGGAGAGAAACUGUCAGCGAGGAGAAAGCAAAGAGCAGAGGAGAUGAACAAGGAGGGUUUCUCAGAGGAGGAGGAGAGGAGGAGUGUUGAAGAGGAGGAAUAUGAGGAGUUGAUGAGGAAGGCUGCUUCCUCCUCUGCUUCCAGAAGAAAACCUGCACCAUCAUCCAAACAACAAAUCAUCCCCAAAAUUCCAGAGGCAGUGGAUGACUUCCUGAGGAACUUCCUCCGGCGGGCCGGUCUGAGCCGGACUCUGAACAGCUUCGAGGCAGAGUGGUACGGCUCAGCUCAGAAUCUCCUGAGAGAAACUCUGCCGAUGGAAGUGACAGGCGUCUUCUUCAUCCCUGACGCUCUCACACACAGGCAGCUCCUCCAGAGCGAGCUGGAGACGGUCCGCAGAGAGACGGAGCUGCUCAGAAAGGAGCUGCUGAUGGCAGGAGAGAGCCUGGUGAGGACGCAGAGGGAGAGGGAUUUCCACCGGCUACAGUACCGACGAGUCGCUGAGGACAAAAACAGGCUGAUCGAGGACUUCAAACAGCUGAAGAAACACCUGGAGUCCUACGAGCCGGUGCUGAGGCAGCUGGACGACAAAUAUCAAGCAGCCCUGAGGCAGAAAAUGCUCAUCAGUUUAAGAAAGGACAGAGUGCAAAACACCAGAGAUGCAAGAGUGAAUCAGGAAACAGUCCAAAUCAAGAAAGAGAACGUCAAAAGGAGCAGUGCUGAUAAAUUACCAGCAAAGAGCACCACAGCCAGACAUCCAAAGGACUCAGAGUUUCCCGUCUGCAGCAGGCUGGUGAACCCUCACAUGACUCAGGGGAAUUUUCUAAAAUGGAAAAACCCUGGUUCCUUCAGCCUGUCCUGCUCCAUCAGAGCCCACAAGCUUCCCAUCAGCUGCAUCGCCCUCCAUCCCCGAAAACGGAUCCUCGCCUCCGCCUGUGACGACCGCAGCUGGAGGUUGUGGGAGCUGCCAGCCAACGGAGAGAAGGUUGGUCAGAUGUUGCUGACAGGUGAGGGUCACUCUGAUUGGCUGUCUGGCUGCAGUUUUCAUCCUGAUGGAGCAAAGCUGGCAACAACUAGUGGGGACACUAUGGUGCGGCUUUGGGAUUUCUCGCGUGGCUGCUGCCUGCUCGUGCUGUCCGGUCACAGCCAGCCUACCUGGGGCUGCUCAUUCCACUCGUGUGGUCACUUUCUUGCUUCCUGUUCUGCUGACAGAACCGCCAAGCUGUGGGACCUGAACAGCCAGCGUUGCCGCCUCACAUUGCGUCGCCACACUGCCUCUGUCAACAGUGUCUGUUUCCUGCCCAUCUCCAACCUCCUCCUCACCUGCUCGGCUGACAAAACCCUCGCCAUGUGGGACGCCAGGCUAGGUGUCUGUACCGCUACCUUCUAUGGACACCAGCACCCCUGCAACCACACCGCCAUCAACCAGGCAGGCAACUUCAUGGCCUCCUGUGACUCAUGGGGCAUAAUCAACCUGUGGGACAUCAGGAAACCUGCGUUGGCGAUGGCCACAGUAGAUGCCGGGCCGUUGGCCACCAACCAGGUGGCGUUCAGUCCAUCGGGGAAAACACUGGCUGUCGCCAGCAGCGACAGUCUAGUCAGACUGGUGGAGGUGGAUUCCUGCGUGGUGAGCAGCAUGUCAGGACACAGCGACGCUGUGCAGAGCGUGACGUUCGACCACAGGGGUGAGACUGUGGUGUCAGCAGGGAGUGAUGGGGUGAUUAACGUCUGGUCGUGACAUAACGUGAAUGAAACCAGCUGAGAAAGUUUUUGAUGAUCAGAAUUCUUAAAUGUUGUUCUCAUGUGUUUUUUGAGAGUUUACUUUAAGAAAUAAAAAAUUUCUUUAAAAAAA